AUGGCCGACACAGCAGAACCGGAAAAGUUGUCGUCAACGGACAACACAUCAACCAACGUGCCAUCCGUCAAGGCUCCCUCCAACAAAGCUACAUCCACAAAAGCUAAAAACAGCAAGUCUUCAACCUACAAGACCCGAUCUGAAGCUGGGAGUUUGCAGUUGAGGACAGGAGACAACGAGCUGAAAAAAGACGACGUUUGUGGAUGCUUCUCGGGUUGCGUCGCCGCCGCAAGCCAUCGGUGUGGGCCUUAA